AUGCUGCGCGCCAUGAUGGACGUCAAGGGCCCCUUCCCGCGCAAGAUGCUGAAGAAAGGCAUAUUUGCUGAGAAGCACUUUGAGGACGACGCCAACAUGAGCUUUGCGCUGCUCGAGGAGGACCCUGUGACUAAGAUGCCGGUGCGCCGCCUCAUCCCCAACCCCACCGUGAAGAACAGCUUCGCGCAGCUGCUGUCGCGGUCCGAGGGGGACCGCUCCAGGGUGGCGGCCCUGGCAGACCUGCUGGACAGGAUGAUGGCGCUGGACCCAGAAAAGAGGAUCGACCCCGACGCGGCGCUGCGGCACCCCUUUGUGCGCGACUACGUGCCCAAGAAGAAAGGCGCGGCGGGCGGCGCCGGCGCCGGCGCGGCGGCGGGGGAGUGA